AUGUUGCGCAAUGCGUCUGAGAGCCUCGCACAUUUCAACCGGGCAUUAGCCAGCAUCGGACAGAAGUUCCCUGCACACUGCGACUCGUCCUUUUACCAGUAUGACUGGCCGGGGCUCCUGACGGCCUUUGCAUACGAACCAUCGAACCCAACCUUGGACUCCUUCGAGCCGGAGUCCCUCAUCCGUGCCACCCAGUCCACAUACAGGGCAAUCUUCAGUAGCUACCUUACACUCACCAGGAAUAUAUACUUCGACCGUUACCGGUCCCCUGAUAGCCCCGCGGUGGAUGGAACUAUCAUCACGAAUCGCUGGGGCAUGAAGCCCUCAAUUUCGUCGAUGGUCAUCGUCAUCGUCCUCUUGUCCAUGGACAUCUCAGUGCUGGUCCUCGGAUUCGCCCUUCGUCGCAACAAUUUCGAUGGGCCGCGUAUUCCGAAAUCCGUUGGGUCGCUGAUUCCGUGGGUCGCACGGAGCAGGAUUGCGCCUGACUUCCGGGGAAUGUCGCGGAUGACGGACAGCGAGCAGCGGGAUUAUCUCAUGCAAAGGAGCCACAAAUACACUUUUGGCCUGUCUUUUAUGCCCUGA